AUGGCAGCCGCCAGAAUGCAUUGUUACAUCACCGAGUACUUUAUUUAUUCAUUUAUUUCUUUGAACAGUGAGUUCCUUUUCCGUGAAAAUGAAGAUUACUUCUGGAGAUUUGUGGAUGAUGUUAGCCAGAGAACGUCUGAGGAGAUCAAAUCAAGUUCUAAAGAAACUUCCUACAAUCUUCUCUUGGAGAUGGCUGCUAAGUAUCUCUCUUCUUUGCAGCUUAACUUACUUAAGCUUACAUUAUCGUUGCGCGUCCAUUCCCCAGAUGUCGAGAUGUAUAGUCAGAUGGCUCAGGAAGAGAAAAAAAGCUUAAUUGUCUCCCAAAAGAAAUUAGCUGAUAACUGUGAUGUGUUUGUAAAUAUUCAUGGUGAAAUAGCAUGUAACAUUAAUGAUAUUGAUGCACUUAUUAAAUCCGCUCCAAAGAGGCUAAAGGCUGCUACGUAUACAUUUGACCAUCAUUACCCAAGUCCUGUCCAGGCUGAUGUAUCAGUUAUUUUAUAUGCUCAACUUGGAGAUACUUCAACAGCAGAAUUUCACCGGCACCUCAAAAAGCUGGCUGUCAACAAAAAAAUCAAUUAUGUAUACCGACAUUACAUUCCAAAACCUUCUAACGAGAAGGUUUAUCUGUCGGGCUAUGCUGUUGAACUCGCAAUAAAAAGCACAGAAUAUAAAGCAAAAGAUGAUACCAAAGUUGAAGAUGAAAAGGCUAAAGCAUCUGAAGAAAAUGCUAACUGGGAAGAAGAAUUAAAAGGUUUUAACUUCAAAAAGCUCUCACAGCUCUAUCCUGAUUUAAUACCUAAGCUAAGGGAAUUUCAUGACUACCUCUUAGAUACAGCCACAGAACUCACACCAAUGAAAGUCUGGCAGUUACAAGACCUUAGUUUACAAGCUGCUCAAAAGGCCAUAUUAACGCCACCAAAAGAUGCUCUCAAUGUCCUGCAGACCAUCAGUCAAAACUUCCCAGUUCAAGCAAGAUCUCUUGUUAGGACAUCAGUGUCAAGCGAUUUACGCAAGGAAAUUUUGAAAAACCAAAAGCAUUUUGAGAAUUACCAUAAUUUGUCCCCUGGUGAAUGUGCCUUGUUUUUGAAUGGAAUUUCCAUUGAUGUUGAGGUCUAUGAUAUUUACACCAUCUUGGACUUAAUGCGUUCAGAAGCUGCUGUUAUGGAAGGACUCUUCUCUCUUGGAGUCAGGGAGGAAAGUUUAAAUAAAUUGGUGAAAUUGGAUUUGAAAAACAGCGGUGAUGAUUAUGUCUUGGAUUUCCGGCAUCCUUCCGUCGUGUAUGUAAAUGAUUUGGAAAAGGAUGUAAAAUACCGGCGCUGGCCUAACAGCAUUCAAGAAAUGUUGAGACCCACUUUUCCUGGAAUGUUAAGGCACAUUGCUAAGAAUAUUUUCCAUAUGGUGUUUGUGCUCGAUCCAUCUAAGUCCUCCAGCCGAGACUUGUUGAAGAUAGCUGAAGCAUUCUUUGUUCACAGUGCACCUGUGAGGAUUGGACUUGUCUUUGCUGUGAAUGCAAGUCGAGAGGCAAACGGCUAUUCUGAUGCUGGUGUUGCUAUUGCAAGAGCUUUCCAGUACAUCAAGAUCGACCAGGAUGCAGCUUCAGCUCUGUCGUUCAUCACAGACCUCUAUGACAAACAAAAAGACGACCUGACCUCUAAGUUCAUCUCCACAGAAUUUGCAAGCCGCUUCAACGAUGAAGAUUUGAAUAAAGUUUUUGGAGACGAUGAUGAUUAUGAUGACCUACGUAAAUCAGCAGAUGACUUUCUAAGCCGUUCCGGUCUAAGCGAUUUCCCUCAGGUUUUACUUAAUGGAAUUCCAUUGAAGAAAAAAUACCUCAAUGCCGAUAUGCUUGAAGAAGCUGUAGUCACUGAAAUUCUCCAGGGUACCCAUGAAGUCCAACGAGCUGUCUAUAAUGGUGAAUUGUCUGAUAGCAUGACUAUAUUGGAUUGGAUGAUGGAGAAGGACAAUGUGUUGCCACGUAUCAACUCACGGAUUUUGUCUGCACCUCUGAUGUAUUUGGACCUCACUGAGAGUGCUGCCAAGGAUGUUUUCCAUGAUGCUGAUCUUUUUGGUGCCUUGUCUAACAAAGAAAUGUCUUCACAAAUGGCAAAGAAUAUCUUGUAUAUGUCCAGGAAAGUAACAACUUCUAGAUUUUCUAGUAGUUUGAGGGUUGGAAUAGUUUUUAAUCCCACUGAUUCCAAAGCAAAAAAUGCCAUCAACAAAGCCAUCCAUGUUGCUUUGACGACGCUGAGUGGAAACAUGCUCCGGAAUUUCGUCACAAAACUUGUCAAAGAAGAAAACAUAAAAGAACUGAAUGAUGGGACCAAAACUUUAAGAGAUCUAGAUGUUAGCGGUAUGGAUAUUGACCAGUAUAUGGCUACACUGGAGAGACAAGACGAUACCUUUCUCAAAGUCCAUCACAUGUUUGUCGAAAGAGUUCUAUCUCUACCGCCUGGAUCACAUGCAAUUAUAGGAAACGGAAAGGUUAUUGGUCCACUAAAAGACGAUGAGGUGUUCAUACAGGAGGAUUUCUCAUUGUUUGAGAAGCAUCUGAUGCAAACCAGUGCAAAGAAAAUCCAAGCUCAUAUUGAAUCUGCUAAUGCUAAUAGUGACAAGGCUAGUGACCUCGUGAUGAAGAUCGCUUCCUUACUGUCAGCAAAAACACUAAGUGAAAGCCGUAAAGACAUCAACUAUCAUGCUGAUGGUCACAGCGUCAUCAAAAUACCUGCUGACCCCAAUGCACCCUCAUUUGAAGUCGAAGUCAUCAUGGACCCUGUUUCAAGAGAAACUCAGAAGCUUAUUCCUAUUUUAAUUACCCUUCAAAAAGUCGCCAACAUGAAUAUCAAGAUUUAUAUGAACUGCAAAGACAAGCUGUCAGAAUUACCCCUUACAAACUUCUACCGCUAUGUACUGGAUCCUGAAUUGAAGUUCAGCGUUGAUGGAAAUGCCAUCUCUGUUCCUUAUGCUAAAUUUGAAAGCUUACCCCAAAAGUCGUUGCUCACCCUCAACAUGCACCCGCCAGAAAGCUGGUUGGUAGAAGCAGUGAAAUCACCCUACGACUUGGAUAACAUCAUGUUAGAAGAGGCCAGUAAUGGAGUAUCAGCUGAAUUUGAACUAGAAUACCUCUUGCUUGAAGGACAUUGUCAUGAUUCUAGCAGUGGCCAACCACCCCGUGGACUACAGUUUACUCUCGGUGCCAAUAACUCUGCUUUCCUUGUCGAUACUAUUGUUAUGGCAAAUUUGGGCUACUUUCAGUUGAAGGCUUAUCCUGGAGUUUGGCUUUUAAAGCUGAGAGAGGGGCGGUCUUUAGACAUUUAUGAAAUCUUGAGCCAUGAGAUGACUGACACUCCGGCCGGAUCCAAAGAUCUUGUUGUUGCUAUCAACAGUUUCAAGAGUAAAACUAUUCGCAUUAAGGUUGGCAAAAAAUCAGAUAAGGUCAAUGAAGAACUACUCAAAGAUGAUGAAGAUGAGAGCAUGGGUAUAUGGGACUCUAUAUCAAGUUCUUUUGGUGGGGGCAAGAAGGAGAAGAAAGAAGAUAAAGAUUCCACAUUAAAUAUCUUUUCCUUGGCAUCAGGUCAUCUGUAUGAGCGUUUCUUACGCAUCAUGAUGCUGAGUGUUCUGAAAAAUACCAAAUCUAAAGUGAAAUUUUGGUUUUUGAAAAACUAUCUUUCACCAACUUUCAAAGAUUUCAUUCCUCACAUGGCCAAGGAAUACCAGUUUGAGUACGAACUAGUACAGUACAAAUGGCCACGGUGGCUAAACCAGCAGAAAGAGAAACAGAGGAUCAUCUGGGGCUACAAGAUUCUCUUCCUUGAUGUGUUGUUCCCAUUGAAUGUGAAGAAAAUCAUAUUUGUUGAUGCUGAUCAGAUUGUACGAACAGAUUUGCAAGAGCUGUAUGAUCUAGACUUGGGUGGGGCACCAUAUGGUUAUACGCCAUUCUGUAGUAGCCGGACUGAAAUGGACGGCUUCAGAUUCUGGAAAUCAGGAUAUUGGGCAAGUCACUUAGGUGGCCGUAAAUAUCAUAUCAGUGCCCUCUAUGUUGUUGAUUUGAAAAAAUUCCGUCGGAUAGCAGCUGGAGAUCGUUUGAGAGGCCAGUACCAAGGUUUGAGCCAAGAUCCAAACAGCCUUGCCAAUUUAGAUCAAGAUCUGCCUAAUAACAUGAUCCACCAAGUGGCUAUCAAAUCGUUACCUCAGGAAUGGCUCUGGUGUGAGACUUGGUGCAGUACAAAAGAAUUGAAAAAUGCAAAAACUAUUGAUUUGUGUAAUAACCCAUUAACAAAAGAACCGAAAUUACAAGCAGCCAUCAGGAUUGUCCCUGAAUGGAAACAUUACGAUUAUGAAAUAAAAGUAUUGUGGGACAAAAUAUACAACACAAACACCAGAUUCCAGACAGAAUAUGAAAAACCUGUAAAAGAUGAAGAUAAUUCGCCAUCAGAGAAAGGCAACAGUUGA